AGUCUAUUUGACCACCCUUUCCAUUCUCUACCUCUUAUUUUUAUCACCCGUAGUGGUAUAACCAUGGAGAAUUGAGUUGCUGAGGCCCGCAAGGCCCUCCCCUUCUCAAUAGGUUUUGACAUCACCAUGGAAUCUACCGAGGAACUACAGCAAAACGAACUUACUGCGCUGAAAUCCAUCUACGCCGAAGAUUUCAUAGAAAUACCACCACCAAAGGCCUGGAAGGGCGCAGCACGUCUUCCAGAGUUUUGUAUCCGAGUUCCGCAUCUCAAUCCGGAUUUUGCGAAGAAGAUAUGUUUUGAUUUGCAUGUUAUUUUCCCCAAAACCUACCCUAUAAAGACAAAUCCCACCUUUACCAUUCAGAAACCUAUCAAUGGACUUUCUAAUGAACAAAUAACGAAACUAUCGCAUGCUAUCCAUGCGGAAGCUCAGAUGCAUCGAGGGUCGGAGAUGGUCAUGGAAAUCGUUACAUUUUGUCAAGAUUGGAUGACGGACAAUGUUAUUCCAGCUACAGAAGCUCCGGGAUCGUUAGCUUUACAAAUGAAUAUACGUGCUGAGGACGAGGAAAAGGCACGUAAACAGAAGGCCGAAGCACUGGCAUUAGAGGAGUUGGAGAAGGAAUCCAAACAUGCCCAAGAGCUCGAAGAACAGCUCAUGCUCGACUCUGCGAGGCAGCAGGUUGCCCGGGAGAGAGAGUAUAAGGCUCGCAAGAGAGCAAGCUCUGAAGCGACUGAAGUGCCCAUGACCAACGAAUAUCCGACGGAAUCAUUUGCCGAUGAAAUCGAAUUCCAGGGGAUUCGUUUCGACACCGUGAAAUACUUCCACCCUCGUAUCGAAUGCCUGGGCGUAACCUACGCUGCUGACCCUGUAUGCGAGGAUGUGAAUGCCACCCUGCCGUUACAGCUUCAUGUAGUCACAUUCGAUACCCAAUAUUACUCUACUACUCAAGGGCGCAAGAAACUUAAACAGCUAGAGGCUGAAAUACGACGUUUAACCGCUAUCAGACAUCCAAACAUUGUCCGUACAUUGGCCGUGAAACUUUAUCUUCCCAACUCCAAUUCUCCCUCCCGUUUGUCCAUCCUCUCAGAACAACCACCCGCACUAACUCUUGAAGACGUUUUACAAGACUGUGACUCUCUGCGCGAAGAGCGUGCAUCCGAUUAUUUGGGUCAAAUACUAGCUGGGCUCAAUGUAAUCCAUACGGCAGAUCUUGUUCAUCGAGGUAUCGCUCCUCGAUGUAUCGGAUUGGAAUCUCGAAACUCUCAGUCCAAUUCAAAACUUAUACGCAUCUUCAAAGUAGGAUAUUAUACGCGUCUGGUGGACUUUCACAAAUCAAACGAGUUCCGAACAACGCUCAGUUUCAAUAAUGAAGAAGCUCAAAUUCCCGAUGCCUGGUUAUCGAAGGACGUGAAGAAUGAAUCUUCUUUACUCUACACUCGUCACCGCGAUAUCCAUUCCGUCGGUAUCGUGUUCAUGCAAAUGUUAUUAGGACUUGAUGUUAUUCGGCGUUUCUCUGACGCCCAUACGGCGAUGAAGCUCUCCUUAAUUUCCGCAAAGUUACAGGCCCUCGCUUUGAAUAUGCUUUUCCCCCCAAAGAAGAACCAUAUAUCUUGUUUGAGUUUACUAGCUGAUUUGGCAGAGACUGCCAUCAGUGAUAACCUUCGUAGUCCUACAGUUCCUAUUACGUCCGCCGAUUUGAAAACUCCCAUGCAGCUUGGAUAUGGCAGUUCCCCGGAGAUCGAGUACUUCAGACCAAUGGGCUUGAGACAUACGAGCCGAUGGAAGGAAGAUUGGGAAGAAUUAGAGCUACUGGGGAAAGGUGCUUUUGGCUCCGUGGUGAAGGCGCGCAAUAGGAUCGAUAAUCGAAUUUACGCAGUUAAGAAAGUCCGUCUCCGAACAACGCAAAGCGACAAGAUUUUCCGAGAAGUGAACGCACUUAGUCGUUUGUCCCAUCGGUUCAUCGUCCGGUACUAUACAACCUGGGUCGAGACGUCGGAGCCUUCGUCGACUGCUGCAUCUGAUGACUCUGACAACGAGUUUGACUCAUCGGACCUCUCCAACACUGAAGAUGGCAUGACCUCUGUACCAAAUUCUUUAUCCACUCGGCGCACAACGACCAGUACAGAUGACGGACUAAUAUUCAGUUUGGAUGAUUUGGAUGAACCAGGAGGUUCUAGAGGUUCCUUCCCCAGUAUACAUUUCAGUGCCCGUUCGUCAGAAGCACGGAUUGCGGAUGAAGACACGGACAGUGAUGGAGAUCCACUGGCGCUCGAUAGUCUGUUUCACCCUCAGACUGCUCGCCCCGCUCCACCCCCACUACUACAACGAACUUUGUAUAUUCAAAUGGAAUUUGUCGAACGACAAACUCUGAAGGAGCGGAUUGAUGAAGGUCUCUCUGUUGAAGAAGCUUGGAGAUUAUUUCAACAAAUUGUCGAUGCUCUUGCGCACAUGUCGAAUUUAGGGAUCCUCCAUCGUGACAUUAAAUUAACAAACAUUUUCAUUGAUGGAAAUGGUGACUGUAAAGUGGGAGAUUUUGGGCUGGCCACGUCUAGUCUUGCGGCGGUCGAUCCCUCCGAUGUAGCACCACGAGCAGUAGCUCCGCAAGCGGACAUGACUCUGGAGGUCGGUACCAGAUUGUACAUUGCACCGGAGGUACAAUCAAGAAGGCGUGGACCUACUAAUCAUUCUAAAGCUGACAUGUAUAGUCUCGGGAUUGUGUUUUUCGAGAUGAACUACGCGUUUUCCACUGGCUCCGAACGCAUAUUUGUCCUCGAAAGACUUCGGAAAUCGGACGUUCAGUUCCCAGCAACUUGGGAUCCUUUGCGAGCGCGUCAGCGUGAAAUCAUCACCUGGUUACUCCAACAUGAACCAAAUCAGCGUCCCAGUGCUACGGAACUAUCACAAAGUUCGCUAAUGCCCCCACGGAUGGAAGACGAGUAUUUCAAGGGUGCACUUCGCUUGAUGGCCAAACCUGAUUCCCCCCAUCUGCAGACUGUGCUCUCGGCUCUAUUUAGCAACCCUCCAAAGCCCGUUCGAGGAUUCCUAUACGAUCAAGACGCUGAAUUACCGGAAUAUGCGUCUUUGAACGGUGUGGUUCAGGAUCGUCUGGGAACGAUAUUCCGAUUGCAUGGCGCCGUCGAUAUGGACCCUCCGCUUCUCACACCAAUGACGGAUGGCGACGAUAAAACUCAAGCUGCUUUUGUUGACCGCCACGGCGAAGUCGUGACUCUUCCAAACAAUCUAAUCGUCCCAUUCGCAAGACUCGCUGCACGAGAGAAAGUACAAAGGAUCAAACGAUAUCAUUUGUCGAGUAUAUAUCGGCCAAGUCUUAUCCCUGGUCACCCUAAAGUCUGGAAAGCUGGCGUCUUCGAUAUCAUUACACCAGACUAUUUGCAUGGGCCUGUGGCCGCCGGGGCUGAAAUACUUGCUGUUGCUCACGAUAUCUUGGAAAGCUUCCCCAACCUGACUCCUACCUAUGAGGUCCAUGUUUCCCAUUCCGAUAUUGUGUCUGUGGUUGUUGAACGUAUUCCAGCUUCCCAACGGACCGCCGUGCUGGAUGUCAUUCAACAUACCAAAUCAUCAUCAUCACAGAAGAAGGCAAAUCUUCUCAAAAAAGGCUUGCCCCGUAGUCUCAUCGACGAGCUGGAUGUGCUUACAGAUGCAGAUGAUGAUGUGGACGCUGUGAUGACCCGCCUUGAAAAGAUUAAUCCGCCUUUGGUCGAGCAACUGCGAAGUGCUGUUGACGAAGUCAAAGCUACAAUCCAACACGCCGUUUGUGCAGGCGUGACGCAACCGAUAUUUUUUAGGCCAUUAAUGCUUGGCUCCUAUUUCACUCACUUCAAAGAUGGUGUCUUAGUUGAGGUUGCGAAGAAGUCGAGAAGAACCGAUAUCUUGGCUGCUGGUGGUCGCUAUGACAAUCUUAUCAACCAGUUCACUCAACCCAAGACGAAAGGCCAGGCCAGUUAUGCUUUCGGAUUACAGAUCGACGUUGAAAAGAUUUCGGUCAUGCUUGCGUUGUUCCAAAGUACCUCUGUCCAACCGCUCAUUAAGGAGGCUCGCUCUUUCGGUUUUUGGAGUCCUAGAAGAUGCGACGUUUAUGUCAUAUCUUAUCAUUCCGGGUUCUUGCAAGAACGUCUCGAAGUCGUCGCUUGGCUUUGGCAGCAUGGAAUCAGCGCAGAUCUCAUGUACGAGUCUGGCUUGCAAGAGGCAGAUCAGGAGAACCAGGUUGACAUGUGCGCUCGAGAGGGAAUCUUAUUCACCGUCUAUCCGCGUCCACGAGCCGGUCGUCGUGAUAUGGCUGCAUUCAAAGUAAAGAGUAUCCUCAAAGGAACAGAGUAUGAAGUCUCUAAGGCUGACCUUAUCGGAUGGCUUCAGCACGAAAUCGGAGAGCAGAAGCGUAUCGACGCAACAACCGCAUGUACUCCAGCUUCCUCCCGACUGGGUGGUCCCAGUGUCACUCAGCUUGGUCGAUCCAACGUAGUUUUACCGCCAGGAUCUGCAGAUGUCCAACUCUGCCUCCCGCAAGAGACAAAGAAACAGCGUCGGCAAGUCAAGCAGAUGUUCUUGGAUCGAGCUUACGAUGUCUCUUCGGACCUCAAAGCCACCUUCCAGAGCUCUAGCGGAAUGCCUGUCGUUGCCGAAGUAUGGAAGGGUCUGAUUGGAGAAUUCUCCAACACAGGAUAUGCUCAACAGGUGCGCGAAGCGGUUGCGAGGAAGAAGAGCGAAGGAAACAGCUGGGUUUUGCUCGUCGGUGUGAAGGAGGAAAGGGCUGGUUUGUUGAAUCUACGAUGAUCCCUUCCCCCAACGUUUGGUUAUGUCUUAUGAUCAUGAUCUCUUUCAGUUAUCUCCACAAAAAACUAUGUUCAACAUCUAAUGUAUCAUAAUAGCCAUCUUCAUCCCAUCUGUAUUUAUGCAAUGUAACACUCAAUCGUAAUCUUUCACAUCGGUGCAUAAGUCGCAAUCAGUGAAUCUCAACUGUCCUUCCGUUUGCUGCUCAAGCAUAAGGAUGGUGAUCAAAGGGCCUUUCGGACACAUUCCUAAUGGUUCUCUAAAGCUGACACAGAACGAUGCCAUGCACGAUACGCAUCUCACGGAGUCGUCCCCGAAAACUUCUUCAACUGCGCCAGUGGUGACUCCGCAGCUGCUGUUGGAGAGGCGAACCGCUUUCGAUGGAACAUUU